ACACGUAGACCAACAGAAUAACAGUAGACAAACUUGCAAUAUCGCUAUUAAUCCGCUUGGUGGAGACACAAUACUGUUUUUGAAAAGAAGACGGGCGUUCAAUUUUUUCCGGGAAGUUUAUUUUGCUACCUUUUGCUGACAAUUAAACUUUACACUCCUUUACACGCAGGUUUAUAAAUGAUUGACAUUAAGUUCCAAGAUAAUUAUCAACAUGAAAAAUCAUAAAAGUUUGUAGCCUUUUAACACGAAACGUUUCAUAAUUCAUAUACUGCAAGCUGGCAAAGUCCAUGCUCGAUGCUGAGAUGAGUUUCGUCACAGACCGGUGAGGUUCACGAGACUCGGCGUGUGUCACGCGUGGUAAUAAUGGAUUCACAUCGUGUUGGUGAGAGUGAAGGGCUGACUUUCUACAUCGCCAGGCCAAAGGAUUAUGACGAUGUGAUAGCCAUAUCACAAGAUAUAUACGAGGGCAAUGAUUACCUUCCACAUCGCUAUCACUUUUGGAUGACUGAACCAGACAGACUGGUUUUUAUAGCAAGGAGGGGCAGCAAGUUGGUGGCGCUGGAGUCAAGUCUUAUAGUGGAUGGAGGUGAAACAGUGGUGGUUGAGGGAUUAAGGGUGUGUCCAAGUGAAAGAGGCUGUGGUCUAGCUGGAGUCAUCCAAAGAUUUGUUGACGGGUACCUAAAGAAGACCUAUCCCAAGUUGAAGAAAAAGCGCAUUACAAGGCAAAAUGUCCCGGGAGCUGAAAACAUGGCCAACUUUACAUUUCUGGCCAGAAGGGCUAUCUUGUCUCUGCAUGGGAAUUCUGAAAGCAUAGAUGACUUUGUAACAUAUCUGAUGGCAAAACUUGAUUCGUCAGAUGGAUCCAACACUAGGCAUCCUCUAGAAACAGGACAGAUAAAACAAAAUGCAUUAAUGCCCGUUCUUCUGGAUCCAGACCUGCCAUCCAGACUUCAGCUUCCAGGGGGUGCUAUCAUCCAGGAUUGGCAGCCUUUGAAAAUUAUCGAGAGUAACUUUGAGAUCUUGGCCAGGCAAAACUUGUCAUGGUUUGUGGAUGGUUUUACUGAGAAACCUUUGUUCAUGAGCUUUCACACACCUCCAUAUCCUAUUCCAUUAAAUGGAGGGUCUGUACGCCUAAACAUCGACAUGUUUGGGACAGAUGUGUCACUAGCAAAGAGAGCACUAACAGCCCAUCUGAAUACUGUGAAAGGUGAGAUUAAGUGCGGAGUUGUGAUUCAUAUUUUUAUGCAUCAAAGUCUAUGGGAAGAUUUGAGGCAGUUUUGUGAAGGCCAUGAUGGGGUGAAGCAGUGGAGGGAAUACUGGGAGCAGCUUUUUCUGGAAAGGGAUAUAUAAUUAUUUCCAGGGUAGAGAGAACAAAAGGUAGAUGCUGUAAUGGGACGAACAUAAAGAAAGACUCGUUUAAUUCUCUACUGAUUGUUUUUUUUAUUGCUCACAAUGAUGUUGUUAGUUGUAAUCUCAAUACAAAUAUAAAUUUAGCUUCAAUCAAAAAGGAGUAUUUAGUCAUUUAAAUCAGAAUGGUGAUGUAGUGAUUUAAAGGUGGAGUGUGCGAAUUUUAGUGACAUCUAGUUGUGAGAUUGCGAAAUGCAACCAACAGCUACUCCUCAAUUUCAAAACGCAUAUAAACACAGCACAAACAUGUCAUCGUCUGAGACAACAUAAAGAAGAAAUGCUCUCUGUAGAACAGUUUGUACGUUUAGGGCUACUGUAGGACAGCGAUUUCCAUGUAAGGGGACCCACGAUGUAUGUGAAUAAAAAACGGCUCAUUCUAAGGAAAUAAAAACACUACAGUUCAGUAUGUAAGAUCUUUAUACACCACUGAUAAUAUAGUUAUGUAUAUUAGAUUGCAUUUCUGUCAAGAGAUCCUUCUAGAAGUUACACAAUGCACCUUUACGAUUAUCCUUUUAAAAUGAUUUUUAAGAAUCAAGUAGGCUACUGUACAAGUCUAUAAUCAGUUUGCAUCGCCUAUUUAGGUAAAUCAUAAUAAAAAUGAAAAAUAAUUCAG